UUCUUUGGGCACCCAUCUUGCCCCGUUCUCAGUUUCGCAAAUCCCUUCCUCCGCCGCAGUAUCUCACUCUCAAUACCAUCCACCGCCAAGAAGCCGUCACCUUCUCUCUGUCUUUGGUCGUUGAAUCUUUCUCGCUCCCUCUCUGUUCAUUUUUCCCCUUAACCUUUCUUCAUCAAUAAUUUAAUUUCUGUUUCUAUCAAAUUUUAAUCACUCACAUUCCUACAAAAAGAAGGUUCAGGAUUGGAGAUUAUAGAAAAUCAUCUCAAGUCAUGGAAAACAGUGCGAAGCAUUUAGAUGAGGACGUUAUCAAGGAAGAAGAAUCGCCUAAACUUGCGGCGUUGUUGAAAGAGAUGAAGGAAGGGCUCGAUACUGUGAGGCUUAAAGUUCAAUCUUUAACUGCCAAAGUGAAAGAAGGUCAGUAUCCUACAGCAGAUGGAUUUAGCUACCUUGAGGCUAAGAAUUUGCUGCUUUUGAAUUAUUGUCAAUCCCUUGUUUAUUAUUUAUUGCGGAAGGCUAAAGGGUUAUCAAUAGAAGAUCACCCUGUUGUUCGAAGUGUUGUAGAGAUAAGAUUGUUUUUGGAAAAGAUUCGGCCAAUUGACAGAAAACAACAAUACCAAAUCCAGAAACUAGUGCAGGCUGGUGAAAAUGCAGCCAAAAGUGAUAUUCAAAGUACGGAGCCAGAUGCGUCCAAUAAGAGUGAGGAUGCAUCAAAGUAUCGUCCCAAUCCUGACAUGCUAGUUAGCAAAGUAGACUUAACCUUGCAGGAUGGACAUGAUACAUAUCAACCUGUAAAGUUUGCCCCUACUUCUAUGGAUCUAGAAAAACCUUCUAAGCAUGAAAGAAAUGCCUUGCGAAGAGAAAAAGAAAUUCUGAAACAAGCUAAGCAGAGUGAUUAUAUCAGGACAUUGAUGAAUGAUAUGGAGGAAAGACCUGAAGAGGUGAGGGAUUUUGAGGGAGCUAGCAAAGAAGUUGAUAGAUUUGUCUCCAAGAUGGAGAAACGCGCUCAGCAAGAGGAGGAGAUGUUCACUCGUGUUCCUCUUACGAAACAGGAGAGGAAGCGAGAAAAAUACUUGAAGAAAUCAAGAAAUGGGUUGCAAGGUCUAACAGAAAGUUUCUAUGAUGAAAUCAAAACAUUACCCUUUGAAGAUAGAACUGAAGAGCAAGUAAUGGGAUCUGGUAAAGGUAGCAGCAGAAAGAGCCGAGUACACAAGCGAAAGAGGAAACACUGAAGGAGGAGAUUUAGGAUUUUGACCUAAAGGGUCAUGGGAGACUGACCACCGCAUGCUGUUGGAGGAAGUAAUAUUAGGUUGAAUGCAAAGGAAAUGUAAAAGCUAGUGUUGGGUAUUGGGGAAUUCCUUCAUGUUUGUAGAUUUAUGUUUGUAGGUUUAUUUUUGUACUUUAUUGCCAUCCUAAUUAGCUGGUGCCCAAUGGGGAACGUGGAUUGGAGAUUUUGGAAGCGAUGAAAUAGUGUUUUUUGGUUUA